AUGUAUGACCAUUUACCAAGCAUACUAAAAUGGAGUAUAUGCUUGGGUGUUGUCUUUUGGUGUAUUCAUCAAAAUAGUAUUCUAUUUGUCCUUACAUUUAUAUGUGGAAUCAUUUUACUAUGUUUUUUCAUGGUAUACUACACAACAAAGGUACAAUUAUCGAGAUCUUCUUCCAUCAAGAGACAACAUAGACGGUUCAAUUUCACUCUUUCAAAGAAUUGGACACAGGAAAUAACGCAAUUACAGAAUGAACAAUUAGAUGUGAAAAGACCCAUUUUUCUGGACUCGUUUUUGGUUUCUGAAUCUUUGCAGGGUUUUAUUGAUUUAAUUAUUCAAGAAUUUAUUACCCCAUGGUACACCCAAAUAACACAAUCAACACAGGUACAAACUGAUAUAUCUUUAGAGCUUAAAGAGGUGAUUCGAAAUUUGCAAAAUAGAGCAAGAAGCAUUGAUUUUGCCCAACUUUUAGUAUCCGACAUCCUACCGCUAAUACAAGAACACUUUGAAAAUUAUUUGAGAGCGGAGGAUAUAGUUAAAAGCCAAGGGAAAUUUUCAAAGUUUGACUCAAAUGAAUAUCAUAUGGCAGUUGCAUGUCAAUUUAGAAGAGGUAAGUUACAUCCUGCAGUCACAACAUCUUUGGUUGUCAAUGAAGAAACCAAUUUCAAAGAAAAGCAAUAUUUGCGGAAGAAAAUGAAGACGGUAUUGGAGCUUGUAUUGUCAGAGAAUGAAAAAUCCAAUGAUGUAGGUCUAAGUUUGGUAACUGAAAUUCUUGCGUGCACAGUUCUUUGUAAUGUUAUAAACUUGCUUACAGAAAGUGAUUUUUACAAUUUGAUCAUUGUCAAGCUAAUUGGGGAUAACUUAAGACGAAGAGACCAAGUGAAGCAAUUGAGAGCUGCGUUGCAAGAACAUACUCAAAAGAGCUCGAAAGAGAUUAGCGACAAUCAAAUGUCAGAUAUGACAUCAGCAUUGUUGACACCUGAUUCAAAUUUACAAAAUCAGCUUAAAUUGAAAAUUAAUGAACGAAAACAACAAAGAGAAAAGCAGGAGAAUUUAAAUCUCAAAGAUAUUUUAACAGACAAAACUAAUUUCCAAGUGUUUAAAGAGUUUAUGGAGAGUGAAGGUCGGUCCAAGUUGGUCGAAUUUUGGAAGGCUGUUGAAGUGAUUAAGGCACCUUUAGAAGGUGAAGAGAAUGAUGACGAGACGGAUCCCUUGGCAUUAUCUUUGGAAUUUGGUAAUAAUGACGACGUUUACAAUAUUUAUAUCAAAUUCAUAAAAACCAAUGAAAUUCCUCAACCUGAUACUCACAUUUUGCAAGUCUUAUCAAGCAGUGGAAACAAUGCCAAUGUGAGAACGUACCAGGAAGCACGGAUGCACCUAUUCAAAAUGCAACGUGAUUAUUUUGAUCAGAUGCAAUCGCAUGAUUUACCGGUCUUUAUUAAGUCAGACAUGUAUCUAAGAUUAGUGAAUCGAAAAGAGUCAUCUGAUGUUAAUCCUGAAGUAAUAAAUGCUGUGGAAAAUGCUUUUACGUUGAUUAUGAAUAAACCAGAGAGUUUAGACACGCGACUUGAUGCAAGUGACGAAUUCAAUUCUGAUCAAUUAUUGACUACUUUACAACUAAAAACUGAUUUAUUUGGAGAUUCGUCUACUAAUUUGUCCGAUGGAAAUCACUCCAAUAGAAACUCUAGAUUGUUUGAUGAUUUCUUAUCCGACGAGGAACAGUCAGAUUCUGAUAGAGAUUCUUUGUAUUCGGAUAAACAUUCACAAUCAUUGAAUAAUAGUAACCUGGAGGUGCAAUUUGCAGCUCCUGGGAAUUUAAAUUUAGCUGAAGAAAUUCCAAAGUUGUCUGACGAGGUUGACAAUUUACAGAAGCAAAUUACUAUUUUAGAACCACUAUUACGGAAAGCCGAGUUAACUAAUAAUUUGUCUGAGUUGAAAGUUUUGCAAAAAUCAAAGAUUGGGUUGAUCAGAGAAAUUAAUGUAAAAGAAUUACAAAAACAACAAUUCAUUGUUCAAGAAAACGAUAACAGUUUGUUUGGGAAAUCCAGAGUAUGCAUCCAAUCUUAUAUUAAUGACAAUGAGAAGAAUGGUCGAGAAUUUACACUAUACAUUAUUGAAGUUCAAAAGUUUUCUAAUGAAAACCCCACCAUAAUUAAAGCUGGUUGGGUUGUUGCUAGAAGAUUUAGUCAAUUCUACGGGUUGCACGAGUAUUUGAAGUUAAAAUAUCCUAGAGUUAGUUAUCUCAAGUUCCCCAAAAAAUCGAUUCUGGUUUUAAAAUUUCAACAAAAGCAAGUUGCUGAAAUUAGAAUGAAGCAAUUAGAAGACUAUUUACAAGAAUUGAUUAAAAUACAAGAAGUGUGCUCAGAUCGAGCAUUCCGAUCAUUUUUGUCGUCGGAGAAUUUUAACUUGAAAAAGAAUCAACGGUUUGAAGAAACAAGAGCAAAAAAUUACAGUGAUACCAAUUUUCAAACAUUAUUUGGAAGUAAAUGGUAUCGUGGUCUUUCCAAUUUUAUGACCACAACGAAAAAUGAUGAUAACCACAAAGAUCUGACUUAUAUUGACACCCAUAUAAUGGAGAAUUUGAGAGAUAUGGAAAGUGAGUUGAAACAAUUCGAUGAGGCAGCAUCUGCAAAAACCCCAUUUGUUAAGCCCAUAUGUGAUUUAUUGAUAUCUGUUUUCAAACUUCAUUAUUCGAGAAGUUGGCUAAGGGGAAGAGCUUUAGUGGUGAUACUACAACAAAUUCUAGGUACCACGGUUGAAAAAAAAGUUUAUGAUGUUGUUGAGGGAAGACUCAAAACAGAGGAAAAUGUGUUGGAUUUAAUCAUGAUGCUAACAAAUAUUUUAUUUCCUAAUGGGAAAUUCAAGGAUCCUCCUGUAAUUAGGUCCUUAUAUCAACAGGCAAAUACAAGACAAGAGGCAAAAGUGUUGUCGGAAAUUUUCAUAUUUGAAACUUGUUCGACGAUAUUUGGACGCCACAAUAGCAUAUUUGCAUCCACUAAAAUUUUCCUGAUGAUUCAGAACGAAUAUUUGAAUAGGAACCUAGUAUUUGAGAUAGUUGAUGAGAUUUUAGAACACAUGUUUGCAGAAAUGAAAUAG